AUGAGUUCCCAAACCUCGUGGUACCCUAUUAUCCCUGGUGGGAAGAUGAAGCUACUACAGUUCUCUGGGCAUUCAAAGACCUCGAAAUCCGUCGAGUUAUUCGCUACGGGCUAUUUCGUGAUGAAAAUUUACCACGAAGUUCCCUCUUAUGCCCCGGUCCCUUGGUCUUGGAUACCUCAAGCUCUAGUGGAUGCGCUCGACCUGCAGUCUAUCGCUCAGGCUAUUGAGGCCGAGAGCUAUUUCCAGCUCAGUAGGGUCACUUUUGAAGACAUUGUGCGAGCCUCGCUGGGAUACACGGCGACUUCUGUCGAGUGGUUCCUUAUGCAACACACAGCCUUGUAUAUGCACCUAUUAGAUUUUCUUCGGAUGUUUCCUAGUGGUAUUUCUACCUACUUGGAAGUAGAAAAGCAUCUACGGAGAAAGAGCCCCUUCGCCUACCGAGCGAUAGCACAAUAUUUAUACGCAUUACAAGCCAAUUUUACUCCAGAUCUGUCUGAGAAACCUAUGCGUAGUUUUGAAUUUGUUGCCAGCCCGAUCCAGUACUUCUUUCAAGACCGACCGGAGAGUCUUCCCGACAUGCUCAAGAUCUGCAAUCUUUUAGCUGUUAGGUUCCGCCGCCAGUACAUCAAUAUCUCAAAGGUGCCUUGGGACAGAAAGCUCGAUGUUUCGUAUGCCUUCUUUGAAGAUUGUCUUGGAUCAUCUUCGCCACCUGACUUGGCUCGCACCCUCACUGCUCUCGACAAGAGUAACUUCGCCCAUCUGACCCGAUCAAGUAUCACUGCACAUGAUGGGAUUACAAAGGGUCUCUUGGCCAAAUGGGAAGAUCUAGCCUUGUCAGUAUGGGAAUGCUGUUCCGCAAUCCCAGAUUUGACCCUUUACCUUCGAGACUGCGCACAGAACCUCUUACAGCGACGAAAUUACCACUCUUCAACGGCAAUACUGCAUGGUCUCCACAAACAUAAUAUAUCGACUACACAGCUCCGCGAUCUCAAGAGUACAGCUGGCGAAAUGGUCGUUCUAGUCCCUCUUGUUCCACCAGACAUGAUGUUUCUCUACGAUGCGACACAAAACUAUGCCGUAUACCUUCAAUACUACGGAUAUUACCCGGGAAUCCCAUUCUUACUCCCGUAUCUUCGCGAAGUACAGCAAAAAGGAGAACUGGCUCUUCAACCUGUCUUGAACUUUCUGCGGGCAUAA